AUGGCAACCUCUAGAUUGUUGCAACACUCUAAGGUUCCAUUUGACCAACUUCCUUCUUCUUCUUCUUCCUCCUCUUCCUCUUCUUCGUAUACGAAAUGUGUACGGUAUCAAAGUCUGGCAUGUUUGAGAGGAGAUAAUAUCAAAGUUUUACCCGAGAAAGUAGAAAGGAAGCCGGUGGUGGUAAUGAAGGCAACCAUGACUACCACCAAUAACUUAACCAUAUCGCAACCAGCACUGGUUCCUCAAGGAUUGUCGGAAUUAUUAGCUGAGAUCGUAGCAAGUAUUCGCAAUGCUAUGCUGGUGGUUCUUUUCCGAGGUGCUGUGAUUGACAGGAAGAUCACACGGAAUUUACAUCCUCAAAUGCUCAUUGAAAAGGCCAUCAUGGAUUGCAGAUUUUUUACAUUGUUCGCCGUAGCAGGAUCUUUACUUGGCUCGGUAUUGUGUUUUCUUGAGGGCUGUGUUCUCGUCAUUAAGUCAUACGCGCAUUACCUCCAUAUGCUAUCUCAACCGUUGAAUCAGGGACAUCUGGUUCAUCUACUUAUCGAAGCCAUAGAUAUGUUCUUGGUAGGAACAGCCUUACUUAUGUUUGGGGUUGGUUUGUAUGUCAUGUUUGUUGGAUCAUGGACUACUGGUAAACAAAAAGAAUCCUCUGGUCUACUCUAUAUAAUGAAGUCACCACCAAGGUGGGUUGGAAUGCAAUCAAUUGAGCAAGCAAAGUCAAAAAUUGGGCAUGCAGUGAUGAUGAUUCUUCAAGUGGGACUAAUAGAGAAGUUCAAUGAUAUUCCCAUGGUUACAGGCCUUGAUCUUGCUUGUUUUGCUGCAGCUCUGCUCACUUCCUCAGCUACCAUUUUUGUCCUCUCUAAGCUUAAUCAACAUUAAAAUAAUUACCAUAUAUGGAAAUGAUAUUCCAAAUUCAUAGUUUUCUCUUAAAUUUAUUUAUUUAUUUAUGGAACAGGGUAGUAGACUAGUAGUAUAUCUUUUGUAAGCCAAAAGAAAAUUAUUUCAUGUCAUGUCAUUUUCCCUUUACCAUGGGAACUCAAUUCAUUUAUUGGUAUAUAUAUGUAAUUAAUUUUUCAA